AUUUUAUUGGGUUAAGAAUUGAAGAUAGCUGGUGCAAGCCAGAAAGUCGUCUGCAACCUAAAAAAAAUUUGCAAAGAGAACACUGUAAACUGUUCAUAUAAGCCUAUAUAGAGCACAAAUCGUACAGAUAGUUUGUGCCUGUGUGGUUGCAGAGCAAAUUCAGUUGCCGUUGGGUUUUGGCAUGAUUUGAUACUGCCCAAUAAGGCAGGAAAGAUAUGGCAGAGUCAGUUGUAUGCUUUGUGAUCGAGAAACUAGUUUCACUACUCAUCAGCACAGAAGCAAAACUUUCUAGAGACGUACGCAAAGAAGUUGGUUGCAUAAGAGAUGAGCUCGAGAGCAUCCGAUCAUUCCUCAAGGAUGCAGAUGCUAAGGAAGCGGUAGAAGGAGAGAUGGAUGACAGUAUCAAAACUUGGGUUAGACAAGUAAGGGAGGCAGCUUAUUACAUAGAAGAUGCCAUUGAUGAAUAUUUGCUUUGCAUCACACGGCACCAUCAAGAUCGUGGUUUUCUACAUAAAAUUACUUGGUUGGUGAAGAAAAUGAAGCCACAGGAUGAGAUAGCCUCCAAAGUGGAGGCUAUGAAAACAUUAGUUAGUGAAAUCAAGGCUAGACAUGAAAGAUAUGGCUUUAAUUCCAGUGAACAAGGACAAGGCCGUAGAGAAAUGACUGUUCCAUGGCAUGACCCUAGAGUGGCUUCCCUUUUCAUUGAGGAAGCUGAAGUUGUGGGUGUUGAAUCUGCCAGGGAUGAGCUGAUCAAUUGGUUGGUAGAAGGAGCAUCGAAACAUGAACGCCGUGAAGUGAUAUCAGUGCUUGGUAUGGGAGGACUUGGCAAGACCACUCUUGCCAAGAAAGUAUAUGACAACCAAAAGGUGAUGGCACACUUCGAUUGCUGUGCUUGGAUUACAGUUUCACAGUCGUACCAUGUGGAGGAUCUUUUAAGGAUGAUGAUCCGGCAGUUCUGCAAGUCAAGGAAGGAGUAUAUACCUGAGGGGACUGACCAAAUGGAUCAAGAGUCCUUAAUUGUCAAAUCAAGGGAAUAUUUGCGGCAAAAGAGGUAUGUGGUGGUUUUUGAUGAUGUAUGGAAAGUAGAUUUUUGGGGAGCUAUAGAACAUGCUUUACCAGAUGAUAAUGCUGGAAGAAUAAUGAUCACUACUAGGAUCAAAGAUGUUGCUGACUUUUGCAAAAAGUCUUGUUUUGUUCAUGUUCAUCACUUGCAACCUCUGCCUCCAAACAAGGCAUGGGAAUUAUUUUGUAGAAAGGCAUUUCAGUUUGAGCCGGAGGGAAUUUGUCCUGAAGAGUUGGAGGAGUUGUCUCUUGAAAUCGUUAGAAAGUGCGAAGGAUUACCUUUGGCAAUUGUUUCCGUAGGCGGUCUUCUGUCAACCAAAGAUAAAAUUUUAUCUGGUUGGCAAAAGUUAUACAGUAGCCUGAGUUCAGAGUUAGAAAGCAAUCCUCAUCUUACAAGCCUCACAAGAAUCCUAUCCUUCAGCUAUCAUCAUCUACCAUAUUACCUCAAAUCCUGUGCCUUAUACUUUGGCAUCUUUCCUUCAAUUAGUUGCAUAAGAUUAAUUCAGUUGUGGAUAGCUGAAGGCUUCGUAAAAUCGAAGAAGGGCAAGACUUUGGAAGAGGUUGGAGAGGAAUACCUGACUGAGCUAAUCCACAGAAGCUUGGUUCAAGUGUCAAGAGUUUGCAUUGAUGGAAAAGCUAGAAGCUGUCGAGUUCAUGAUCUGUUGCGUGAAGUCCUCCUUAGAAAAGGCAUGGAGUCGAGUUUUUGUCAUAUGUUAUCAGAACAUGGGUCAAAUUUCACACCAAUAACUCGACGGCUCUCAAUAGACAGCAGUCCCUCUGAUGCCUUGGUAAGCAUUCAACAAUCUCAUAUUCGUUCGGUAUUUACUUUCAACCAAGAAGAAUGGCCUGAGUCUUUUCUCAAUACAUUGAAUGGAAACUUUAAACUUCUGAAAGUAUUGGAUUUUGAGGAUGUUCCAAUAAAUCAACUUCCGAAAUAUGUGGGAGAUUUGUAUCUUUUGAAGUACUUAAGCCUGAGGCAUACAAAGGUGAAGUUUCUCCCAGAGUCCAUAGGUAAUUUGCAAAACUUAGAGACUCUGGAUCUAAGACACUGUCUAGUGUAUGAAAUACCUGCCAAGAUCAAUAAGCUUCUUAAGUUGAGACAUUUUUCGGCCCACUAUUGCGACUACAGCACAAAUUUUAGCAUGACUUACGAACGAGGAGUGAAGAUACAUGAUGGUAUUGGAUGCUUACAAGCUUUGCAAAAGCUAUACCAUGUGGAGGCAAAUCAUGGAGGGAUCAACCUAAUCAAAGCAUUGGGAAAGCUAAGGCAGCUGCGAAGGUUGGGCCUCAAAAACCUGAAAAGUGAAGAUGGAGGGGAUCUAUGUGCUUCUAUUGAAAAGAUGAACCACCUAGAAUCUCUAGAAGUAAGCACAUUAAGCGAAGAUGAAGUCCUUGAUCUACAAUCCCUUUCAACUCCACCAAAAUUUAUUCGGUUUCUGUACUUGAAGGGGCCUCUAGAGCAGUUGCCUAGUUGGAUCCCACAGCUUCAACAACUCGUCAAGCUACGGAUUUUUUGGUCAAGGUUGAGAGAUUCCCCAUUGAAAGCCCUUCAAAACCUUCCUCAUUUGUUGGAGCUUGGGUUCUCAUACAAGGCAUAUGAUGGUGUGCAGCUGCAUUUUGAGGGAGGCUUUGAGAAACUCAGGGUGUUAAAACUCAAGGACUUGAAGGGUUUAAGUUCAUUGAUUAUAGACAAUGGGGUUAUGCCUGAUCUCCAAGAGCUACAAAUAGGGCCUUCCCCACAACUGAAGGAGGUGCCCUCUGGCAUCCAUCAUCUGAGAAAUCUAACAACUCUUAGAUUUGUUGACAUGCCAAAAGAAUUCCCAAGAAAUAUGGAUCCAAAUGAUGGCCAACAUUAUUGGGUUGUUGAGCAUAUAAAAUAUGUUCUUUUUAGUUACAAGUUUGGACCAAGAUGUGGCGUAUUUGAAACUCACACCCUGCGUGAUUCCAGCUUGUGAAAAUGCAUCCAAAUCCCAGAAUACCCAACACCUCAUAAGGCUCAAAUACAAUCAUUCAUAUCUUUGUUUACAUUGUCUCUGUUAUCC